AUGGAGGAGAAAUCCCUCAGGAGAGAACUUUGUAUAUUAUUAUGUCACCAUUUACGAACAAAGAUGCCAGAUAUAUAUCAGAAAAUAUGCGAAUACUGCAAAGAGAACAGUCUUUUACCCGUCGGCUGUUCAAGUAUUGAAGAAGCUUUAAAUACUAGGUACUCCUCAUUUGCAGAAGAUCAAUUUGUCGCAUUUAUUCGGUCACUCAGACCUGAUGAUGAUUUCCCAAGUAUAUUUAGACGCAUUAUGCCUUUUCAAAAAAAUAUAGAAACGAUUAAUAUUCACGACAUCAAACCAUAUUCACGCACAUUUAUGCACUUAGAUGCUAUCUACUGUAUGUGCACAGACCCUGCAUCUAGAAUUUUAUGCACUGGUUCAGAUGAUAAACUAAUAAAAGUCUGGUCUUUGCCAGAUCUAAGGCCCAUUCAAGUAUUUAAAGGGCACGAAAAUGUUAUCACAAACAUAAAUAUCAAUCCAUUAUCAACAAUGCUCGUUUCAAGUUCUCAAGAUAAAACUUUGCGAAUUUGGUCUCUUAAAACAGGUAGAUGCAUCGCUGUUUUGGGAGGCUUUACAACAGAUGUUAUCCAUUAUUGCUGUUUUAGCCCUGUAGGAUCAAUGAUUGCCGCUGGAUGCGAAGAUGGAACUGUUCAUUUAUGGACAACGGCAGAUGCAGUGCAAGGAAAACCAUCGUCACAUGUAUUUAAAUCACGUACAAAGGGUGCAGUCCGCUGGAUUUCUUUCUCUCCUGGUGGAGAAUUCAUUGUUUACAGUAGCGAGCCAAAUUGCGUCGCAAUUAUACCACUUAAGACAUUAAACGAAGUUAUACUACCGCCAGACCACACGUCCGUCUGCGAUUUCGUUGGUUUUUCAAAUCAUUUAUAUUCAAAUCACGGAGAACUUGGUCCUCGCCUCAUUACAGUCAGCAAUGAAGAUGGUGGUUGCAAUUCAUGGCUCCUUGAGAACCUCCAAUGGAAAAAACAACACGCAUUUAAGAAUGUCGGUACAGUUGGUCGUCGUGCCUCAAAAAUUACAUGCACAGCGUUGAACUGUGACGAAAAUGUCUUAAUUAUUGCAAGAACAACAGGCGUUUACAUAUAUCAUUUAAUGACAGGUGAAAUGCUCGGAGAUAUCAUGGAUUGCGCGGCCGCAAGAGAAUGUAGUGCUAUUUCUCCUCAUCCAACAAUCCCAUCCAUCAUAUUUAUAGCGAACAGAACCGGAGAAGUCGCUGUAAUUAAUGCAUAUACUUGCAGAAUCGUUUGCCAGACUUCUUUGCCCACGGAUUACUCUUUUAUUGAUGCAUGCUGGUCCCACGAUGGCAAAUGGAUCUUCGCAACCGAUAUCCUGGGAAGCGUCACAACGUUUACAAUAAACGGGGUCGGCCUCACAAAAGAAAAUUUUGAGAGGGACAUUUACGAAUCCCUUGAACCAUCGAAAGAUGGGACAAGGCAGUUUAUGGACCGGAACGGAAUAUUACUACAGAAGCAGCCGGACUGCAUAGAUAUCAGAAACCUCGAUUUGCAGCUCCAAAUGCUUCAGGGUCCCGUAAUUCAAAGUUGUGCCGCUGAAUUACACAUUGUACAGAGAAUUGUAUCCGGAGAAAGAGUACCGGCAGCAGUAACUGAUGCACCUGCUGCUGUCGCUGCACCACCUCAACAUAUAAGAUCGAGUAUAGAAUUACCAUUCAAUCCUUGCGGACCAAACCCAAUACCGCCACCUGCGACAACUACAGAUAUCACAGCAGAUGAUGAUAAUCAGGAGCUCAAGGUCGAAAUCCAAAGCGAUACAGAAGAUUGGAUUUUCGAUUUAGAAAAAGAUAAAGACAAUUCUUACUUGGUCCAAGGGCCAGUUUACUCAAGGACAUUACCAGAAAACGAAAAAUGGCCUGCUUGGGCAAAGAUUUUAGCCGUAGAUGAUAAUAUUUACGUUCCUCAUCAUAUGGAUGAAGUAAUGUUCAUCAGAGAAGCUUACGAUGGCGAUUCUGUGAUCACUGAGUCGACUCGCGCGUUCAUUACUGCAAUGGAAGUAACCGGAGAGAAAGAUACAGCGAAAGUAACCCUUUCUUUCCCUUCAAACAAGGAGUACAAGCUAGAACUUGUUGUAAAAUACCCUAAUCCUAAUACUUUGGUUCCAUUAUCUCGUUAUAGAUACGCAACAACUGAAUUAAUCGCUUCUUUAGUUGUUGGACAAACGAUAUCUUACUUCAAGCAUAUCGACUGGUUCGAUUUCCAAGUUGUAGAGGCUACAAUCGAACAAGUCAACAGAGAAAGUCCAUAUAAUGGAAUUGAAAUCACUGAAAAAGUGACAUGUGAAAAAGUGACAAUUUCACCAUGGGAAGUUUUAUAUAUUGACAACAGGUUAAUUAGCUAUCCUGAUACUCCUGAAACCACGAAGGCCAAGCAAUUGCAGUUAAUGACCAGUAUUGAAGCGAUUAAAUCUGAUGAAUCGUAUAAGGCUUUCCUGAAGGCCGCUCAGAUGCCAGCUUUCAAGGAUUUGGCUAUCCCGAUGUCAAUGGAGUUCUAUUUCGAAAGACUUAGCUCUUGUUUCUAUAGAAACGUCCACGGAUUGUUGUAUGAUACUAAAUUGUUGUUUGAAGUGACCGAAAAAUGCCUCGCAGGUGAAGACAACCUUAAGGACAAGGCAAAGAAGGUCUUGAUGAUUAUGCAGAAGGUGAUGGAUAUACAUAAGAAGACUAAUACUGAUUAA